UGGGGUUACACCUCUCAGGCUACACACCGAGGCUACUCAUCUACCCUCUGAUUUGUGGAGGUUGUACGAGAGGAACUUCUACUCAGGGUGGUAAAAUACUUUUUCUGAUACUCGGCUUUGGGCUUCAUAUCGCGGUGAACUGGAAUGUGUGGAGCGCUUCCCUUCCCUGUCAUCGUGUCUGUCUAACCGGGCGCGGAGCUUUGCGCACAACACCAUCUAUGCCUAAAAGACUGAGGAAUCCUGGGUGGCUCCGUCUCUCCGUCUCUGUUUCUUUCAGACACCAAAUGUAAGCUUAAACCUGCCGGUUCCGCUAUGAAGACAGAGCAAAGCUGCUUGGAGACACCGGCGACUCGAGAGGUCAAAUAUCUGCUCCAAAAACCGGCAGACGGAGAGGAGGAUGCCCCGGAGAAGCAAGACGAAAUCAAAUACGCCGAUUUGGAGUUAGUUGACGUGAACACAGGCGGGGAAAAGCCGGAGAAAGACUGUCGCCUUGGUGAAAAUAAACAAAUGUCUGUCCUUAUUAACAGCAGUGACACCGGAGCUCUACGCGCAACGGAACCAAACCAUGAGUUGGCGAUUAAAACCAAUAUUAAAACUAAAAAGCACGAGGAUUCUGGAUUUGAGAAAUAUGCAGAAGAUGUGAAGGAGGAUCCAUCUUAUCCAUCUUUGUCAUCGGAAUUUCAUUGUCUUAACGCAAAGUCGGAAGAUUGCCUCAAAUCAGAAGACAAAGGCGAGCGUGCCAUAACGCAGCCCGGGGUGUCCAUAAAAGAAGACAACACAAACACACCCAGAGGUGAGGGAUCACACUGCACUGAUAAUGAUCUGGGGAGAAGUGAUUCGGAUGAUUAUGAGGAGGAUGAUGAUGUUAGUUUAGUGCUUUCAUACGCCUGCGUCCCGUGCGUAACUGAGGAUGAGUCCCAUUACAUUACCACGCACGAGAUCCAGCUCUCGGAGCUUUCUGAUCAUGAGGAGGACUACGACAUUGGGGUGGGCUCCUCCACCAGUUGGGACAUUGAGGAUGACAACCAGGUGUACUCUUUUGUCGAUUAUGCUUCUUUUGAGGGCGAUGGAGAGGUGGGGGGAAGGGGGGAAAGCCAUCAGGCUCGCUCGCAGGGCCCAGCAGCAACACUCAGCACUCUGCUUGAAAGUGAUCUGUGCGACGCAGCCAAGUUCACCAGCUCAGAUGAGAGUGUGUCAAAGCCCCAGCAGCAGCAGCAACAGCAGUGCAGUGACAACAGUAAGGGACAGCUCCACCUGUCAAUCAGAAGCACUCGAGCUAUAAAUGACCCUAGCAACAUCCAAGCACAGGAAGGUAUCCUUUAUCAUACCAGGCGCUCCGGGGACAUGAGCCGGUUUGUGUUUAGGGGAGUUGAUGGGAAGGCAGAGACGUUGUGUGACAGGGCGAAGUGUUUCAUAGCCGCGCCUGGACGCUUACACUUUGGCCGCAAAUUGAAGGGGAAAGAGAUCACUGAGUGUUCCAGCGGUGCGUCCAGCGCUGUCAGCGAGCUGGAUGACGCUGACAAGGAGGUGCGCAACCUGACAGCCAAAACCUUCAAGAGUCUGGCUUAUCCUUACAUUGAUGCCAUUAAUUUCAGCACCUCCAGUGAAUCAUCAUCAGAGCAUGGGAAAGGGAUAAACAGGUGGUCCACAUUUGUCGACCUGAAAUAUGGCAAUAUGAAUAUGUCACAGGGACUGGACAAAGGUGUUGUUUCCCUUCAAAACUCAAAGGCCUCAUUUGAAAUAGCCAAAAAUAUAGACAAUAAAGGUUAUAAGGGCAUUGCACUGGCAAGCAUCAAACCGCCCACCAGCAAGAUCUUCACUCUGAAUGGCAACCCCCACAGCGCAUCGUCAUCUACAAAGCAAAUAGAGCUGAUGGGGGAAUUCAGUCAGAGCCACGGUGGAGUGAUUACACUCACAGAGACUUUGAAUUUUCGUUGUAAUGUCAAAUCGGGAAUGUCUGGGGGAGAAAGACACACAAACUUUGCACAAAAUGCUGCAGGAUCACGUUCCACAGAUGAAGUUACCAACAAUUUGCCAAGCGGCCAGAUGAGAGGGGCCAGCAAGUCGCCCUCCAAAACCAUGGAAGACACACACAAGAAAGCCAUAUUCGCAUCGAGUGUGAUCAAAAAUGUGAUUUCUAAGAAGAUGCAGUUCGAGCAGGAGCGCAAGAUGGAAAGAGGGGAAAUAAGUGAGGCGCGUCGGACGCCUUCCCAGUGCUUUGUGCACCAGGAGAGCGACAGCUACAGGGAGAAGGGGAGCAGGGAGCUGCACAGACAGAGCUCCAAGUUUUCCGAGAGCAGCUCUGACUAUACCAUAAUGUGCGUAGAUGAAUUAGGGGACAUUUUGGACAGUGGCUCAUGUGAUACCAAGAGCGACUCAAGAAGGCAAGACUCGGCCGCUCCUGCACAAGAAACUAAUUUGGAACUCGUAAGUGAAGCUGGAAUCGAUACUAAAAAAGGCGCAUUGGAAGCGCCUAAAAGCACGCUGCUUCGCAGCCAAAAUAGUGCUUUCAGAUGCUGGAAACACGAGGAGGUAAAGUUUCAGAAGGAUCAUAAAAACGAUAAAACUCCAGAGAAGUCGCCUUCAGCUAACGACCAAGAGGGCGAAGUGGAUCCGUAUUUUGCGGACAGCGGCAAACUGACUAAAAUGUCACAUUUGUUUGUGCCAAGUAUCCAACUGCUGACCAGUGACGGAGAAGUCGGACAGCAGCUGCAGAACAGGAAUUAUACUCCAUAUGGAGAUGGAGGAGAGAUACAAAGACAAUCUGACAGCAAAUUAUACAUUGCAAACUCCAGGAGUGUGGCUACAUCUAAAUCUCCGGAAAUUAAAAUUAAUUUAAGGAACGUGAGAGACAAUAAAACGGAACAUUUUGGCGUCUCCAAACUGCGCGCCCCUAAUAUAGGCUGUAACGCAGCCAGCCUCACCAGAACAGAUGACUUCAAAUGCCAGGAGCUGGCUGCAGCUUUAAAGGGUGAGUCGUCAGAUAAAGUGCCACAUUUCAUGGUUAGAGACAUUAGAGAUAAUAAAGGAAAGCUGCAAACGCCCAUACACCAAGUGAGAGACGUGCGUAAAUUGGUUAAAAGUUCAUAUCACUUUGUUUCUUUGGAUAACAACGAAAAUAAAUCCAACUUUACAUCUGCUGACAGCCAUCCAGAGCAAAAUAAUCAAAUAUCUCAUCGAAAUCCUAAUUCUGUGUCCCCCAUAGUAAUCAAAUGUCAGUCUGUAAAUACAAAUAGUAACGGAAAAUAUUCUGGAAAUCAUACUGAGUUAUUUAAAAGGGAGCAGUUUGACAUGGACAGAUCGUCUCCAGAGGGCGCUAAAAAUGCUCCACUGCAAAUGGCAACAGGAAGCGCAAACAUAGGUAACUCAAGUAAUUCCUCAGAUGGAGUCAUUGGUUUGAGAAUUGAAAGCAGAGCAGAUUCAAAGAAGCAGGAAAAUAUACCAGAUAUCACAGAUAAGAAACCAGAGUCAAAGAUAGCGAACCAGGGGGCUUUAGAAAAACUCCAGGCUGCUGUGAAAACCAUGGAGCAGCUCUAUAUAUAUGACAAAAAUGAAUGGAAAAGGAAGAAUGAACGCCAUCUCCUGGCAGACAGCCAUGUGCUUUCACAACUAGCCUGUGAAGAGCAUCGAGCACCUGAGAAUGAAGGAGUGAGGGGGUUCAUCAUGGACAAGACAUUCAGAAGAGACUCCUAUCCCAACAAUGAAAAGACACCACCAGCGGUAGCAGCAUCCCCUGGCACUGACAGCCUUCUGAGGCAAGAGGACGAAGACCUCCCAAUGUUCUUUCAGAGGCCCGGCAGCCGUGAUGAUAGGCUGGUUGCGAGGUCAAUGCAAGCCACGAGCACCACAGGGAACAAAAACAUGUUCGGCCUCAACUCUAACUUUAAGGCGUCCACAACGGCAAAGCCAAACACCAACACACGAACACCUUUCAGCCCAAAGAACUUUGUUCCAAAAUCCCCCAAAUUGCCUCUGUCCUUAAAAAUCUGUCAGACGAAGAUGCGUGGAAAUGAAGACGCUGAAUCAAAGGUGGUAGAGAGGUGCACAAGGGAGCUCUUGAGCCCCUCAGCUGAUAACGAGAACUACCUAACCAUUCCGGCCAAGUCUCACGCCAGCAGCAACAAACAAGCAUCGUCUGCUGAUAAAGUGUACAAAUUUAACACCCAGACACAACCAACCCCUCCUUCAAGACACUUGGGAUCCACCACCAGGGGCUUGGAAGACCACAACCAGUCCCCUCAACCCUCCAGCAUUGUGAUGGACACAUGCUCACCUGAGAUCCCUUCUGCCACCAUCUACCACUCUAUGCCAAUGGGCAUAUGCACCAAUCAGCCUCAGGUGUACUGCUUCUCUCCGGCAAUCACCCCUGCUCCCAUCCUGGACCCCUACCAGGCCACCCAAAGGAAGAUGCUCCUAGAUCCCACCACUGGAAACUACUACCUGGUGGACACUCCUGUGCAACCGACCACCAAGCGACUCUUUGACCCCGAAACAGGUCAGUACGUGGACGUGCCCAUGCCGCAAGCUCCUAUGACCCCAGUUCCCAUGCCGAUCUCACCUUUGGCCCUCAGUCCAGGAGUAUACGGACACACCUACAUGAUCUACCCAGGCUUAAUGCAGACACCAUCGGUUAUCCCGGCCCGGACACUGGUGCAGUCGCACAUGUCGAUGCAGUCAGAGGCGGAGAGCAGAGACAAAGCCUUGUCGCAGCAGACUGAGGGCAUGUACAUGGAGAGUCCCUUCUAUAUGGCCACUGGAAAGUCUCCCCAGGCAGUUUACGGGGCUCAACAGUACGUCACCACCAACAGGCCGCUGCAGGGCUUCUCCAACGCCACGAAGCCAGUCAUCAGCAUCACCUCCCAGCAGGGGCCCCGGAUCAUCGCUCCGCCCUCGUUUGAUGGGACCACCAUGAGCUUUGUGGUGGAGCACAGAUGAACGGCAGCUUACCUGGACAGGGCUGAGUUCUGAGUGGAUGCUGGACUGCUCUGGGUUCUGGUCUCUUCGUAGUGCAUUUUCUAUUUUUAUUGGCUUGAGUUGAUGGAUCAGGCCCAUUGUAUAAAGUGCUCAUACACAUCCUACUUUCCCAAACGUGUACAAGAUGUGUAUAAAGUAUGUAUUUCAUUUCACCACAUUGUAAAAAUGUGAAAGUCUCACUUAAUUAAUUUGUAGGCCUAUAUUGCAAUGUCUUUGCUAGCACUGUAAUCCAUCAUCCCCUAAACUCAUCAGGAUUUAAUUUGUAUUUUGUUUGUGAUUUUGUAAUUCAUUUAAUUUCAACACAUUAUUGCUUAAUAACUUUUAUGAUGACUAUAUCUAUACCAGUUAACAUGUUCUUACCGUCUCUUGUAUGUUGGCUUUUAUGCAGUGUCAUGACUAUUGCUUUACAAAAGUCAGCAUUUACCAAUAUGUGUUUUUAUGUCACAAUAAGUUUUUAUGUCACAAUAAGUUAAUGAACCAUGUUGAACUCAUUUACAUAACACUAUUGAUGAAAUGUGUGUGUUGCACCUAUACAAUGGUAGACACCCUAGAGAUCUCUCACUUGUCCUGCAUAGCAGAAUAUUUAAUACAUUUUUAAAUAUUAUAUCACAUUAGAAUCAUUUAAGUUUUGCACAUGGACAUGAAUUAAUUAUUCAAGGAAAAUCCUUCUUCCACUCACUGGAAUGUAAAGAAAUAGGGUUUUAGUUUCCAAGCAGCACUUAAAAAGGUGUAAAGAGCAGUGCAGCUACAGGAUGCGAUCUAGCAGAAGGGCAAAGAGGGACCUCAAGGAUGACUCUACAGUUUGUACAGAUGUACCUUUUAGCCCCAUUUGACAUGUAUUUUUAUGUGUAACACUGUUUCUAAGUAAUUAUUUUGACACUGACUUAUUGUUUUGUACUUAAAAUAGUUCAGACAAUGGAUCUGCUGGCCAGUCCAUCCUUUUGUUUUGAAUCAACUGUUUGUUACUUUACUGUCUUUAUGCUAAGACACUAGAAAUCAAACAUCAGACAUUCUUUUAUAAUAGUGACAAUGAUGUUGUUGUUAUAAAAGAAUACCACCCCAUUUGUGAAAAGAUCACAGUGAUUUUUUUUUAGAUGUUUUUUCUAAGAAGUGUUCAUGUUUAAUAGUAUUGUAUUAUAUUGAAAUGAAUAGUUAUGAAGGUUUUUGUUUUAAUUAAUGUAGAAAAUGCUAAACUGUGGUCACUGUUUUGGAUUUAAAUGUUGCUCCAUGACUGCAGUCUAUCACUUUGCCAUAACUGUGUUAGGACAAUAUUAUACAUUCAGAUUGGAAAAAGUCUAAAUUAAAGGGUCGGAUCUAAAACAUUUUGAUUUGCACUAGCUGGUAGAUAAAAAACAAAACGAAAAAACAGUAUGGGGGUCAUAUGGCAUAACAAAAAUUAUGUGGAAAUCUGUGCAAACGAAUUGCUAAAUCGUUUGAUAAACCGAGUGCGCGGAUUAAUAUACCAAGCAAAUAGAUUCCUACACCUAUUAAUAAUCCGAGGAUUGAAAAACACAUUGGGGGGAAACAUGAUUUCAGAUGCAAAUAUUUUUCUUUGACCAUAUGAAACCUGGAAGGCUCUGUAAAAAAGAGAGGAUGCUUUUUAACUUUUUUUAAUCCUCAUUUUUCAAAACCGGAGGCAGAAAUCUAAGAGACAUAUCUCAAUAUCCAGACAAAUAAAACGAAAACCGUCGGUAUCACUAUAUGCCACUAGAGUUAAGGGAGAAAUUAACUUUCUUUUGUUUUGUGGUUUUUGCAGCACUUUGCAAGUAAUAUUGCAGCAGAGGUUUUUGAAUAUGCAUAGAGAAAAGCUAGUUUUUUCUCAUGUGCAACAGAGCAAAAAUACAGUUUGUUAUAUAGGGAAAUUAAUUUCUGUGUAAAUACUUUUUUUCUCAAGAAAGGCCUCAUGUUCUGAUUCAAAGCCUUACACAAGGACCUUCAAACAGGGUGGGGGGUUGAAGCCAGACCAUCCUGCUGCUUUGAAACUAUGACGAUACAUAUUGUGAAUGUAAAAGAAAGUCAAUGAGUCACGAAGAGAAAAAGUCAAGACGUUUUUGACCUCUGGAAUGAGGGUACUUUUAUUUCAAACGGUGAAAGGUGGAUUUAGAUGUAGAAUCUUGUCCCAAGUGAAAGUAAUGCUCAAAUAAAGGCUUUGUUUAGGUAUAUUAUUUUUGAUGUGUUUUGCCAGUGUACAGUUUCGAUUCAAGAUUGUGUCACGAAUACACCCUGGGAUGUUUCAUCAGAUUAAAUGUGUGAAAAUGUAAUAAACACAAAACCCUUUUGCA